AUGAGUGCGGCAAUCCUGUAUGAAAUUGAGGCGACGAGGCGGUUGGUGGAUGUGUAUUACUUCAGGCAGCUCACUCAGCUGCAUGCCUCCCGCAGUGCGUUUACGCAGCACUUUGAUCAGCUGGCAAGAUUCCUAAACUCCAGCGCAAGUUACCGUCAAGAGCAGGUUGGCGCCGUCACACUGGACCCGUCGCUGACGACACCCGGUCGAUCAACGUGCGCCAACGGCGAAACGAUGAUGACCUCACCGUCAAUGGCCUCGCCGCCGGUGAACCGUGCGACACUCCAGUACGAUCAACUUCUAACUGAGGUGGGCGAAGACAACCUUGCGGCGUGGCAGAGCUGCCCGGGCGACGAGUGGGAAACAGAUGCAUCCACGCGACCAACGCUAGACUCCAUUCCAAAAGAGCGGCGCAGCCGCUCACCACCGAAGGAUCGUUCUGUACCAUGCAAAGUGGUCGUGGUGUUCAAACGCAAGCGCUUUGCUCUGCUUGAGUCGCAAGCGUACGUUGCCCCCGGUGAGUACGUUGUUGUCGGUGGAGAUCGUGGGGAGGACAUUGGGCUCGUGACGCAUUCCUGGGUGCUGGAUAAAUGUGACCGCGAUGGGGAAAAGAAGUGGGGUGAUGGUGUGAGCUCUGUGCUUCGUGUGGCCAGUGCACUGGAGGUGUCGCAGCUGAAGAACGUUCAGACAGAAUUGGAGGAGCGGGCGGUGGAGGUGGCGCAGAAGAAGGUGGAGGAGCACGGUCUUCCAAUGCGCAUCGUCGAUGCCGAGUAUCAGUUUGACCGGAAGAAACUUACAUUCUACUACCAGUCGCAGCAUCGGUUGGACUUUAGAACGCUCGUGCGGGACCUGUACAAGACAUUCCGUGCCCGCAUUUGGAUGGAGGCCGAUGUGCCCUCUUAG